AUGUCUACUUUUCAUCCAUUUACCAACCUGCCCGUUGAACUGCGCCUUCAAAUUCGGAAUGCUGCUUGUCUUCCAUCCACGUCACGCGGUCGUGGCAUACAUUACGUCAACGUCCGAGAUGACCAGGUAAUGCCCUUGAGUUGCAACUGGCCUCUAAAACCCGAUCUUGAGAGGCCAAACCAUCAGCCGAAUCGAUCUGCCUACCUUACAGAUGGAGGUCUAUGGAGGGCCUGUAAGGAGUCGAGAGAAGUUGUACGCAAACACUCACGCUCCAAAAACUGGCCAGGCGGAGAAGACGCGGUGCGCCCGGCGAUUCUCACGAUCAGAGAAGAUGAAGAAAGGUGGCAUAUGAUGGUCUACUCGAGUCGGGAUAUCUUUGCUAUCAGGGCAGACAACUGGCGGUCUAUAUAUGAAAAGUCUUAUUCUCCCCGGUUAUAUAUACCGAAUAAUGUUUCCGGAACCAACGUACGGCGUUUCGUCAAGAAUGUCGCCAUCGAGUAUGAUCAUAAAUGGUCCCUUAACCUCCCAAGUUCCUUAUACACCUUGAGAGAAGAGAACUCUGCUCGGGGAUACCUAGCAAGACUACUCAUUGACCGUGCCUCUACCAGAAGCAAAGGCGCCCCUGAGAACAUCUGGCUCAUCGACAAAAAGGCCCUGUGGAUGAGAAACCCCAAGUACGAAGAGGGAGUGCACCAGGUUUCAACCCCCAAACAGAAUAUAGCCACGGUAUAUCGCGAUUUUGAUGCAGAGUAUAUCGAUGUUUCUUGUGGUCAUGCUGUUCCCAGAAAGGAUAAUAAGGUACACCCAAGUUCGCUGGCUUUCGUCACAAAGCUUGGUACGCGUUUCAAUUCACAGUUAUUUGGGAUCGCCCAGCACCUCACAUCUCUGAAUCGCCGCAGCAGUGAUUACGAGAUUAGCUUCAGGAUAACCUAUCAACACUUUGCGGUUACACAUGCGGUUAGACUUCUUGUUUCUCCAGACAAUGAAGUAAAGCCUUGUACAAAAGGCUGCAAGACAAAAUGCAAGGAUAUUGGUUAG